UCUCCCGCCACUCGGGAGAAGUGUCUGUUGGUGUGGUUUUCUCUCGUUUGGUGUGGUUGUAGGUGAGAGAAAUUCCCGUGGAUUGUAGGACGGAGCGCAAUCCUGGUAUUAAGGCUUGCAAGUCGAGAAAAAAAGGGAGAGCACUUUGCGGGCGGUGUAACCAAGAUGCAGUUUUUUGGAGGACAACGGAGGAAGUUGAAGUUGUCAAGUGACCAAAGAAGUUACCCUCAUAGCCUUCAGUUUUACCUGCAGCCACCAUCUGAAAACAUAUCUUUGAUAGAAUUUGAAAACUUGGCUAUUGAUAGACUUAAAUUGCUAAAAUCAGUUGAAAAUCUUGGUGUGAGCUAUGUGAAAGGAAGUGAGCAAUACCAGAGUAAGUUGGAGACUGAGAUUCGAAAGCUCAAGUUUUCCUACAGAGAAAACUUAGAAGAUGAAUAUGAACCACGAAGAAGAGAUCAUAUUUCUCACUUUAUUUUGCGCCUUGCUUAUUGCCAGUCUGAGGAUCUUAGACGCUGGUUCAUUCAACAAGAGAUGGAUCUUCUCCGAUUUCGUUUCAAUAUUUUAUCUAAGGGCAACAUUCAGAAUUUCUUAAAGGAUAGCCAUUUGCAGUUUGAGGCUAUAAGUGAGGAAGAGAAGAAUCUCCGAGAACAGGAGAUUACUGCCUCAUCACCAAGUUUAAGUGGGGUUCAAUUGGAGCUUGAGUCAGUUUAUAAGAUCCCUUUUGCUGAUGCUCUGGAUUUGUUUCGAGGAAGGAAAGUCUAUUUAGAAGAUGGCUUUGCUUAUGUACCACUUAAGGACAUUGUGGCAAUCAUCCUGAAUGAAUUUAGAGCCAAACUGUCCAAAGCUUUGGCAUUAACAGCCAGGUCUUUACCUGCUGUGCAGUCUGAUGAGAGACUUCAGCCUCUGCUUAACCAUCUAAGUCAUUGCUACACCGGUCAAGAUUACAGCGUACAGGGAAAUACUGGGAAGAUUUCUUUAGAUCAGAUCGAUUCGCUUUCUACCAAAUCUUUCCCACCCUGCAUGCGUCAGUUACAUAAGGCCUUGCGGGAUAAUCACCAUCUUCGUCAUGGAGGUAGAAUGCAGUAUGGUCUUUUCCUGAAGGGUAUUGGUUUAACACUGGAACAGGCAUUACAGUUCUGGAAGCAAGAAUUUAUCAGAGGAAAGAUGGAUCCAGAUAAGUUUGAUAAAGGCUACUCUUACAACAUUCGUCAUAGCUACGGGAAGGAAGGCAAGAGGACAGACUAUACUCCUUUCAGUUGCCUCAAGAUUAUUCUGACCAAUCCACCAAGCCAAGGGGAUUAUCAUGGGUGCCCAUUCCGUCACAGUGAUCCAGAGCUGCUGAAGCAGAAGUUGCAGUCAUACAAGAUCUCUUCUGGAGGGAUAAACCAGAUUUUGGAUUUAGUUAAGGGGACACAUUACCAUGUAGCCUGUCAGAAGUACUUCGAGAUGAUACAUAAUGUCGAUGAUUGUGGCUUUUCUUUGAGUCAUCCUAAUCAGUUCUUUUUUGAGAGCCAGCGGAUUCUAAAUGGUGGUAAAGACAUCAAGAAGGAAUCCAUCCAGUCAGAAACUCCUCAACCCAAACCAAGUGUCCAGAAAACCAAGGAUGCAUCAUCUGCUCUUGCUUCUUUAAAUUCCUCUCUGGAAAUGGAUAUGGAGGGUCUGGAAGAUUACUUCAGUGAAUGAUUCUUGGGUAGUUUAGUACCCCUUUUUGCACACCAAAUUUCAUUUCCUUUUUUUUAAGAUUUUGCCUUUUUUCUUUUUUCACUUUUUUAUCUAAUUUUUCCAUCUACCACACUCCACCCCAAUAUAUCCACAUGUAUACACACUUCUUAGGAAAACAGGCUUGCAGGUAAAAUAAAACCUCCACCGUAUUUUCAUUCAACAAGAGAGAAGAGGAAGAAUUUCUAUUGAAAUCUAACACCCAAAUGGUGUGGUUUAAGCCUGUUUUAGGAGAUAAAGACAGCUUUCUGGUCUGAUUGUAGUUCCCUAGAAACAAUAUAACUGCAAACAUUAUUUUAGCCCUAUCACUUUAUAAUUUUGACUCUGGUCCAUUUUUUAUUAAUAAAUAUCAAAAUAAGUAUA